UGUUCUGACAAAAUGGAUGGCUACAUUACGAUACACAAUACAAUGUGUUUCGGAGCAAUUCUACUGCAGUAUUUUCGGGAUUUUGUGACUAAAGAGGCAAAGAGUAGAAUAACCACCUACUACAAUACCCAGAAUACUCCUGCGGAUACGUCAUACGCAAUCACGUCGCCGUUGUGGGCUCCUGGAUUUAAAAGUGGAGUCGCAAGGUUUUCUAUACACUCAGACAUGAACUGGGACAAUCAGCUGAGCUGUAUCCUGUCUGAAGCGGAUGGCAGCGUUGCAAAGAUGAGGGAAAGACUGACCUCACCAGGGAAAUUCUCUAAAGGAGGCGAAGAUUUGUAUCCCAUGAGGGAGCGGAUUCAUGAUUCGGAUUUGGACCCUCCUGCUCUUCCCCCUCGAGCCCCCCUUCUCCGACAGCCUUCCCCAUCUCUCAGUCCUGGUGUGCAGUGGGCAGACCUAACGGCUAUCCAAUCACAACUCCAGAUACAGAGCCAGGCAAUUGAGUCCCUCACCCAGCACAUCCAUGACAUGGAAAGGGAGAGACAGUCACAACAACGUCACAUCCAGACGCUACAAGAGGAGGUUCACCGGCUGCAUGAGGCACUGAGGGAGAGUGAAAGAGCGAGGGACGAAUCAAAGAGGGGCCAAAGUCCAGGAGCAGAGAGAAGGAUGGAACAGUGGAGGAGAGAGGUGGGACGUGAGCUGAGCAGUCUUCGGGGACACAUCACCAGAGCCACGUCGCUAGGCAACCUGGAGGAAAGUUUCAGCUCAAAGCUUCGCCGAGAGGAACUGGAGCACCUGCGGAGAGAGGUGGACCAACUGAAAGCACGGCUAAGGAGACAGGAGGAGGACGUGUUCCUCCAGCAGGCAGAGGCCAGAGAGACCAGGAGACAGUACGAACGCAGCUGCAAGACACUGGAGGAGCUAACAGACAGCUACAGAACUCACAGCACUGAUCUGGCAAAGACUGUUUCUCAGUAUUCACACACACAGCAAGAGGUCCGCCAGAUCAGAACAGUUGUGUCAGAACUGAAGGAGGAGGUCCGGACGCUUGUUCUUCGAGAACGUGCACCAACACCUUCACUGUCAGCACACACAUCAGGGGCAUUACCACUCGCACUCCCACAUGGUCACAGUAGAAGUGUCAGAGUUGACAGAGUUGUGGAGCCAGACUCAGACUCAGAAGAGUUUAGUCCAACACCCAGCCUGGCCGAGGUCAGCUCAGAUGAUCUGUCAUGGCUGGAUGACAAAGAGCCCGCUCUGCAUCAGAAGCCACGGGUGCAUCUGAGUGUUCAGUCCAGACGGAGCAACUUUGCUGGUCCAGGAUCUGAUCUAGAGGAUGGCCAUGAUGAUGGCCAUGAUGAUGAUGAUGAUGAUGAUGAUGAUGAUGAUCUCGAUCUCCUUGACAACAUUGUUAACCCAGAUUUAGGAUCUGACCUAAGUCUUGAUGACCUCUGACCUGUUCUAAGAAGGAAUCUGAUGAGUGAUGGGGUUUUGAUUCCUGGUAAUGCAGUUGAAGUGAGGACAAAGAGAAAUCAAACAUCAUUAACAUCAAGGCGCCCACAUCCCCACCCCCACCCCCACCCCAACCCCAACCCGACCUCCACUGUGAUUUCUUUAUAUAUACAGCUCAGUUAAGGCAGUCAAGAGUCCCUUUAUGCUGUCUUGUCUGACAUGAGUCACACUGUGCCAGGCCUGGUGUCAAGCUGUUAAAUAUUUCAGCAUCCAGACACCCCCCAUCGAGGAUCCCAGACCACAGUGCAGAGCCAUGGGGGAGCUGAUGGGCAGGUUAGGUGUUCAGCAGGGUGUGCAUAUGGUGGCUUGGAUCACAAAAGUGACCACAGACACUUUUCAGCUCAUCUAACUAGGCAGGUUGUCUUACUAAUCAGUAGUGAGCAAAGGAAGACCCAAAUAAAAAACAAUAAAUGGCACGGCGCAGUGACAGCAACAGUAUUUUAAGAAACCUCUUCUUACACUCUUCUUGUACAGCUGUUAAUAUCAUGGUCAAAGACAUUUCAUGAAGAAAA